AUGAUUUUACUUCGUUUCUUUCCCUUUUUAUUUACUCUCUCUUUCAUUUUAUUCCUAUCCAUAACUACCGCUCAUCAAAAUGAAAAUCAAAUUACUCACAAAAAACGGGGCUUAAACCACCGUAAACUUCAUUAUAAAUCGAAUCUUAACCAUUUUAAAAAUUCCAAAUACUCUAUACAUUCUAAUCAUCCCGAACAUGAUUCUACAACCAUUAAACAUCCUAGAGAAUAUAAACGUAGUCCAAUUCGUCCAAUUCUUAAAGUUUUUUCCAAAUUUGCAAGAGCUACCUCUAAAGGAUCGGUAUCUACUACCAAGAUUGCAGGAGCUACUUCUAAAGGUCGGGUAUCUACUACCAAGAAUGCAGCAGCUAUCUUUAAAGGUCCGGUAUCUACUACCAAGAAUGCAGGUGCUAUCUUUAAAGGUCCGAUAUCUACUAUUAAGAUCGCAAGUGCUAUCUCUAAAAGUUUGGUAUCUAGUACCAAGAUUGUAAGAGCUACCUCUAAAGGUUUGGUAUCUAAUACCAUGAUUGCAAGAGCUACUUCUAAGAGUCCGGUAUCUACUACUAAGAUUGCAAGUGCUAGCUCUAAAAAUUCGGUAUCUGCCAUCAAGAUUGCAAGUGCUAUCUCUAAAGGCCCGGUACCUACUACCAAGAUUGCAAGAGCUACCUCUAAGAGUCCGGUAUCUACUACUAAGAUUGCAAGUGCUAGCUCUAAAAAUUCGGUAUCUGCUAUCAAGAUUGCAAGUGCUAUCUCUAAAGGCCCGGUACCUACUACCAAGAUUGCAAGAGCUACCUCUAAGAGUCCGGUAUCUACUACUAAGAUUGCAAGUGCUAGCUCUAAAAAUUCGGUAUCUGCUAUCAAGAUUGCAAGUGCUAUCUCUAAAGGCCCG